AUGAGCAUCGCGUCUGUUGACAAUGACGUCCUGGCAUGCAUCCUGGCGUUCGUCUCCCCUCGAGAUGCGUUGCAGCUUGCACCAACGUGCCGUGCGCUUUACCCACAUGCUAUCGCACGUCUGCUCUCUGAGAUCGACUUUUCUGGGAAAGCUCUGCCGCCCGUGCGUGAACAUCAAUUCCCUCAUACCUCGACUUGGGAUGACGAAUUCGACUUCGUGGACGAGUCCGACCCGGAGCUUGUGAACGAGGACGACCUGUACUGGCGCCCAGAAUGGCAAGACCCACCGCGACAGCAUAAUGCGGCUCUGGAUCGCCUGGAUCGCCUUAAACCCCAACCUGGAUGCCUCCGAGUUGAUCCCAACCGAGUCACGGCUUUCUGUCGAUUUGUGCUUGGUGACGUUGCCCAACGCGCCCCGUGCAUAAAGGUGCUCAGGCUCUCGGGACUAGCAUUUCUGCAAGUCACCGUUGCAGAAGAUGACCCCGAUGGUGCUAUCGGCAACCGAAUACUGCGUGCUUUGCACAACAAUGUCUUCAACUAUGUCUUCAAGGACGAAAAUGUGGAGUUUCAGCGCGACUACUCCUCCGCAGUCCUCUUCGCCGAUGUCUUGCGGCACGCUACGGGGGUCAAAAACCUGUACUUGCGUGACGUAGAUGAGGUUCUUGAAGGUCAGCCGAGCUUGGCGGAUGCCUUUGCUGACUUGCCUCACGUCGAGGUGGUUAUGCUGGACCAAGGUCCCGGGCUUCCGCCUAUACAGAUGAUGUCCAGAAUGACCUCGUCGCCUCGAGAGCUUGAAGUUCGUGAUUGGUACGGUAAACCCACCUAUGCCGUCCAUGAGUCAUUGAUCGCCUCCCUCACAUUGGCCAAAUUCACCUGCAACCUGCGCACAUUGCGUAUUCAUGCGUACGGUAAACCAUGGCCUGUCGACAUAUUCAAGAAUGUCCAAAUUCCCUCCAUACGAACUGUGACACCACCAACAUCCCUCAAUGACAUCGACAGCCUGGCUCAUGCAUUCCCCGGUGCUUGCUUAUUCCAAUUAAGCUACACUAGCAUUGCGACAAUAUUCCCCGUCCAGGACAGUUGCCAGUUCGAUCAUGUUAUCAUGGAUCACAGCCUCAGGCUUAUGGACGUCUCUUUUUCUCGGCGAAUACGUCGGCUCGACCUCCAUCAUAUGGAUUCCUCAAAUCUUCCCUUACAUUUGCAGCUUCUGGAGUCCGCAGCACCGGCUGUGCUGCUCGUCAACGAGGCGAAGCACGUUUCGUUGACUCCUUCGCAGAUUGACAGUCUCGUGCGCACAAUAUCAUCACUCAGAUUCCUGCAACUAAACAGUAGUUUCUUACCGACCGCACUGGCUGGCUUUUUUGACUUGAUACAUCAUCUUCCCCUCAUUGGCCUCUCGAUCGUCCUCUCCUCUACACGCCCAGUCAUGCGUGAUCCUGAGCGCCGCGAGAUUGUUCUCGUAGCCGCGAGGUGUAUUCCAACUUUGCGGUACAUGGAAUUCGGGAUCGGGUGCCGACGCAUACGCCACAAGUAUCAGCUCUGGGACCGGCACCGUAGUCUUCGGCCCGUCUGGCACGAGAUCAUCCGCUCGGAAAACGAGCCAGAGCUUCGCCAACUUUCGAAGGAGGAGGGAUAUGGUAUUUACAGGGAGAUGCUCAAGCUAGACCGCGACUGA